UUAUCAUUAUUUAAUUAUCUGGUGUGUUUUCCUAACAGCCCUCAGGCUAGGCUAGUCAGGACCACCCGCUGCGAAGGGCAAGGAAUUGGACCCCCUGGGCCUGAGGCGACAAUCUCACUCUCUGUCUUUUCUUGCCCUUCUUCAGGGGGCCCCAACCCCCUCAGGUGGGACCACAGGAGAGAGGACCAAGGGACCUCCUGUCAGAGACAGUUCCAGGCCCUGCCGAGCCCACCAGCCUCGAUGUGUAAGAAGGCCUCCUCUAGUGUGAAACUGGGAGACUUCAAGACUGGCUAUGGGCCAGUCUAUUCUGAGCAGAAGCAAGCCUACAAGCCCCAGGGCCUGCCCCCAGACAGGUAUGACAAGGCCCAGGCCUCGGCCCACAUCCACUAUGUAAAUAUACCUCCUGAAGAUGACCUCUUCCUUGACAGGACCACCAAGGCCGAACACUUCUAUGCCCGGGAGCCAGAUCGCUAUGUUCUUCACCACGACCGCACCCCGGAGUCGCACAUCCUAGAAGGAAAUUGGUGCCCCGGCCACAGCAGCCUCACCACCUCCUCCCACUUCUUCCAUAGCCAGCCGAUGCCCGCGACCAAGCCACCCAGCCGCUACGUGGCUCAUGAGAAAUUGCAGAGUCACGUGGACCUAGGGAACUCGUCGCUGCUCGGACAGUUCUUCCAGACCACCAUGGGCACGGACUACUGCCCCCCUGGGCCGCAGCAACCACAAAAAGCGCCCAACCUCCACUUGCUGCAGAGCAACCUGCCCCAGGGUACCGGUGAACAAGAUUUUUUUACCACGAACUAAAAGAUGCUGAAGCCGCAUAGAACAGCUCCGGCCUCCGUGACGGACCAAAUGCUACAGCGAUGCAAGUAUAGCCACAUCGAACCCCCACUGGGUACCAGGCGCUUCUUCUUAACCCAUCACAAAGACGACUUUACUGUCAAGUAUCAAGGCCCAGCAGUGCUGAGAUGGGGCAACUUCCAGGAGAGCCACGUGCCUCUGGGCUCACCCCACCAGUGUGGCUGGGGGGUUGGGCAGCGAGGCCGGGCGCGGGCCGCAGAGACAAAGGCGCGACCGGGGCAGCCGGGCCGGGACAAAGGCUGGCCCGGGGGGCGGGGGCAGCGAUGGCGACGGCCGCGGCGGGCGCGGGCGAACUACAAGUCCCAGCAGCUCCCGCUGCGGCCCUCGCCCGGCCCCUCUGCUCCCCGGGAGCGCCUGGCGGGGCCGCUGGGCCGAGGGGGCCGCCGGCGGGGCUGGAGGGCGGGGGUCUUCCUGCGGGCCCGGGGGGCGCGGCGGGCCGGGCAGGGGCGAGGGGCGCCGGGUGAGUGUCCCCGCGAGCGGGCCGGGCGGGCGGGGACCGGGGCGGGGGCCGGGCGGGGGCGGCCGCGGGGCGCGGCCCGGGGCGACCUCUGUGCGGCCCCCGCCCGCCCGCCGGUCCUGCAGUGCCGGGACGCCGCGCGAGGGGAGGGGGCGCGCCGGCCUAGCGCGCCCGAUCCACCGCCGGGGCCCCGGGGAAGGGCCUGGAGGAUCUGGGCGCCUUCCUUCGGGAGUGUUGGGGUCCAGAGUUCUGGAAACCCCCUCCCCCAGGAGGUGAUCUAG